GCACGGAACACUUCAUUUAUGACAACAUAAUAAAACGGGAAAGAAGUCUCUGCAAUAGAAAUACGUUCCAGUUAUUUUCAGUAAAAAUUGUGAUCUAUUCAUUUGUAUUUAUCCAAUUUUUCCUUUCCAUCGCGAGCAAGGAAUAGUGUUUCCGAUCGUGGAGACCAUAUUUCUGCUUAUAGUGUGAAUUUUCAGCAAUAAUCAUGAGAACAAGGUGGGGAUCGCCGAAUGCUCCGGCAUGUUGUUUGUGUUUGGACGUGAGAACAGGAUCUAUCCUCAUCGGAUUAUGGCAUUUGAUGGGUCAGAUGUUUGCCAUGCUGCUGAUCGCUUCCAUGAUCAUGAGAGGAGGUGACAAUGCUGUGAUGAACAUGGAUUUAGAUGACCCACCACAGGUUCCAUUCAGUGCAAACAGUCAACAUGAUGCAUCUGAUUACUGCGUUGGUCUUGUGAUUGUGUUCUGUUUCCUGCUAAUCACCACCAUGAUGAUGAAGGGGAUCAUUCAGUAUCGCUCCGGGUACAUCCUACCAUUCUUCUGUCUUCAGCUCUUUGAUUUCUUCAUCACGUUCCUAACCUGCAUCGGUGUCAUGUCCUACUAUCCUGACUUUGACUAUGAAGACAGCCCUAAAUUCCCCUACAACCAGGAAUUCAUGCACUGGAAGGAGAACCUACCUGUUAGCAAGUAUGACAUUGAAUCACCAUGGUUUACAUUCAUCGCUCUUGCAAUUUUCCUCGCAAUCAUGUUAUUUAAGUUCUACUGCAUUGCCUGUAUCUGGGCCUGCUACAAACACACCGCCAGUGUGGAGCUGAGAGAGAUCGAGCAAUGUCCUGACACAGAGGCUCUCCUGCCUUCUUAUGAUGAAGCAAUCAAAAUCAAGAUAGACAAGCCCCCUCCACCACCAGCCUACCAGGAAUAGGCAACAUCAGCAACAAGAGUUACAACAUUGUCAACAAGAGCUACAACAAAUUAAACGCUUUAAGUCUUGAAUGACAAAAAAAUAUUUGCAAUAGUAUUAUUUAUGAUUAAAGAAUCUAAGAAUAAAAAAAAAUAACUUUGGUGGGGCUAAUAAGCAUUUCUUUCAUGCAUCAUAUGAUGUUGACAUUAAAUCAACACAAUCAUGCAAUGUUUCAAUCCCAAAAUGAAACGUUUCCCUUUUACAAGGUUAGGAGGAGACUUUGUAACAUACAUAUAGUCAUAGGCUUCAGUCUUAUGUCAUGGUAAUGGGAAUAUUUCUUCAUCCAUUCAUUGACUUCUAGGGACUUAAUUAGAACCUAAGGUAAAUGUAUAUAUACCAUAUAUUAUACAUUGGUUAAGAGCUGUAUAAUGAUACGUAUUCCUUACGUAAGUCCUAAAAAUAUUGAAAAUUUUAAGUGCUAUGGUGUUUGAGAUGAGGGAGGAUAGUGUUGCGUAAGAAGAAAUUUAUCAGUGACAUAAAAGAAGAGAAAUAUUUCUUUGAUUCGUCACUUUUAGUUGAAUAUUUAUGUUCUAUUAAUAAUAAUCAUUGCAUACUUGACACCAUCAGAAAGGAUAUUUGAUUUUUGUAUGAUAUCUGCACAGUACCUCUUACAAUUGCUUGAGAUUGUGAACGAAGUCGGCAUUGAAAAGUUUCGAAAUGUUCUUUCAAAAGAAGUAAAUAUCACUCAUUUUGAUGAUAUCAAGCAUGUAUAUGUAUUAUCAGAUUUGAGAGAAUAAUAUCAAACUUUGAUAUUUUUUUUAUUUUAGAUAGUGAAAUUUGAGGAGUUUGAUGCUUAUAAAUAUGUAUCAUAUACUACAUGUGAUUAUAUUUACAGAAAAUGCAUAAAAGUUGAACAACAAUUUGCAUUAUAAUCUCUUAAUUUUCACUUCUUUAGUAUUUCUUUUCUCUCAGCUUUAGUCUUUUUUCAUUUUCUCAAUUUUUGUUCCAUUUGUUUUCCCCUGCAUAUUCGCAUUCCUCCUCGUACAUUAAUUUUCACCAGAUUCUCUUGUAUUCAUUUCCAACCAAUUCAUCAUAUUUACAUGUUCCUAUAUGUACUCCGCUGUGUAGCUGUGAAAAUCACAACAAAUCAGAGAUCUCUGCAGAGGGGAAGAGGCAAAGCGCCCUCUUGCAACAGUUUGUAUAUUUUGAGUGUUUUCCAUUUUUUUAAAGCUCCACUAUUGAACAGUUUAAGAAAUGUCACAGCAAGAAUUCCUCUGCACAGCUACAUAAAACAGUAGACACUUCAUGCCAAGUUUAUUGCACCAAUCAUAAGGAGUAGUGGUUCUGAUGAUUAUUUUGUAAUCAAUUUUGGUUAAUUAGCAAUUCGUAGUGAUAGUGAAUUGCAUGUGUCUAAAAAUGCCAUGGAGUUGAACAUACUGUGAUGAAGUGAUUUAAUGAUUUCCACAAAAAAUAAGGUCUUUCAGCUUUCUGUGGGCUACAAUAUAAGUUAUUGUUGGUAUGCCUGGUUUCAGUUUUGGCUAAAUACACAAUCUCAGUAUCUGAAUUAUCAUAUUAAGACUUAUAAGAGCUGAUUUCUAAGUUUGAUUGCAUUGUAUAUUACAUAUUGUCAGUCUUAAAAAUCAACCACACAAAAAAUCGCUAAGCUUUAUAAUACAUGAGUAAACCUGAAAAGGCUAGUGAAUGAUGUGUAUAUCUAGAAUACAAUCAUUUAUUUGUCUCAUCAAACUGGUCAGACUUGAGCCAUUUGUGGUAAUCAUUGUCAAAAAUAUACUUUGAAACAUGGGCUAAACAAUUUUUAAAAAUUUAGAAGAAAAAAAAAGAUUGCCUGUAAAUUAAUUACCAAUUUAUGUGUGAAAAAAAAUGCUUUUAGAAGCAAAGCACACAUGCUGAAACUGUGUUGUAUGAUAAAUGGAAAUGGGCAAUUUAAAUAUGAGGACUAGUCCUUUGUGCAAAAGGAAUAACUGAAGCAAAGAAAUUGAGAUAGUGUGCCAGGGGGUGGGAAUAUCACUUGAAACCAUAGACUUUAUCUAAUGUAAAAUGAAUUGCAACAACAGAGAAAGAAUGCGCUAGGAAAUAUCCAUGUGUUUGUGAGUGAUUUUCAUUGUUAGGCAUCGCACAGAUUUUAUUGUCACUUAAUAAACGAUUAUCAAUAAUAAACGUA